UUUUUUUUGAUUAAUUUUAAUGGGAAAAACAUAAUGAAUUACUCAUGAAAUACAGAUAAUUUUUGUACGUAAUAAGAAUUUUACGUGAGCAAUAAGUAUAUUAUUCUGAUUAAAAGCGACUCUUCUAAUUAGAUUAGAUAAUGAUUCCGGUUAAACACGUGAUAAGAAAAGCUCUUUGCCAAUAGGUAUCGCUUUAUUAUCACUACUCUUUUUUUUGGCAAAUUUCCCCUCUUUAAAAGUUCAACGUGACUUACGUAGGUACCCGCAUUUUGGUAUUUUCUCCUUUCUUUGAAAAACGAUUUCGAGUGUACUUUCUCAAUGUGUGAUUAGAUACCUACAUAUAUAAACAAAUAAGUAAUGAUUUCAUUUCGUAUUCAGUUUUUUGAAGUUGUGUCGUUCAUACGAGUAGUCCACCAGGUGUUUUAAUUGUCUGGGAUUAUUAUUGAACGGUGUAGUUAAAGAUGAAAAUCGGCUGCCUUAGUUACUCUAGUCAAGCGAUUACUUUAGUCGCACUUUUUUUCAAUGUGAUUUCGAACUUCAUUGUGAUCAGUGUAACAGAUCGAGAAAUCGUCGGAGACCUAGGAAGUAAUGUUGGAAUCGGUGUCGCCGUCAAUCUGGCUGAAAUGUUUUUAUCAUUGGUUGCAAUCAUAUUCAUCCAUGAUAAACCAAAUUCACGUGUGACAAUUGUUAUAAAAUGCUGGUCACUAGGAUGCAUUGUCUUACUGCUGUUUCUCGAUAUCUUCGUCAGUUAUUUGAUCGUUUUGAAUUCGUAUCAACAAAUUUUGGAUAGUGGUAAAAAAAUCAGAAAAGAUCUCAACGAGGAUUUGAAUUUUCAACUCAGCUUAUUGGUCUUCGGGUUAAUCUGCUAUUGUGCUUUCAAAUUGUACGUCGCAGCUAUUGCACUUUCUUAUGCCAGUGACAAAACAAAUUUCACAUUGACUGAUGAUGACAACGAUGUUGAACGAAAUGCUUUGAGAAACGAUGACAAUGAUGUUCCACCUUUAUCUCCUCCUCCUUCUUAUGAUAAUUGCUUAACAGAAUCUGCACCAGAGGUCUUGGAGACGCCGCCGCCUCCUUACGAUGCUGUAGCUGUUAUUUUCAAAUAUUAAGUACAUACUUAGAUAUAUAGACCAGGUUUUCUAACUAACCGGCGGAUUUGAUGAACUCGUAUUCUCUCACAAUUACCUACUCAUUUGAAAAGUUCCUAUUAUUUUAAAAUGUUUUUAUAUUUUUGUAAUUUUGAAUUGUUAAUUAGUACAU